AAGACAUUUUCAGAUAAGCAGAAGCUGAGAGAAUCUGUUGCCAGGAGCCCCUCAGUACAAGAAAUGCUAAAGGAAGUUUUUCAGUCGGAAAGGAAAUGACUCACUUGGAAAGUUGGCUCUAUAGGAAAAUAAUGAAAAGUCCCUUAAAUGGUAAAAUUAGGGCCUCCGAUUGUCAACUUCGAUCAACAGAGGGCGCUCCGAGCUCACCAAACACCCUUCGGAGCCCCAGCUACUUUGGGAUGCAAAUCAGACCACCUCUGGCCUUCUCGGUCUCCAAGGUGAAUCUCGCAGCUCCCCUAUGCUCUCGACACCUCACGUGCCCCCCCCCCGGGGGGGGGGCUUCACUGGCGCGUCCAUUUCACCUGGCACACACGCUGCUUUUCUGCAGAUGAGCAGCGCGGAGCUAAUGGCUGUGCUAUUUUCCGCGGCACCUCGGCGGAAUUCAGAGGUGGGGAACGCUGCUCAGAGGUGCACCUGGCCCCUCAGGUCUGCUCUUGAUAUGAUCACUUUUAAAUAGGAACUAGGAACGUAAUGGGAACUUCCACACUAUUAUCGACAUCUAUGUUUUGACCUUCUUGCUUCGCCUUGGUGGCUGUGAAAUAUUCCCACGCAAGGGCUGCAGAGGGAGGGGUGGCUAGGUGUCAGCGCGGGGGAAGCAAGGAAGGAAUUUUCCUGAGAAAGGCAAGCUGUCGGGGGCGUUGCCCCAGGGAUCCAGCACCCUAGAAUGUUGUCUUCCGGUCCCCUCCAUACCUCAGAGGGAAACUGGAGAGUGGAAAACCCCAAGCAUCCUUUGCGCCCUCGCCUACCCCCUCGGCCUGGUCCCUCGCCGGCGCAGAGAUGCCAUUACACCUCACGUGAUCCCCACACCCGGCCGUGCUUCAAGAGGCGUCUCGCGGGGUGUUAAUUAAAGGUCACAACAAAACAGACCUGCCGGCUCACCAGAAGAAAUGUCCUCCAGGGAUGAAAAAUGACACCCUGGAGCAGCUCUAUGUGGAGCCCGGCGUAUGCUGGCUUCUUGCGCUCGGGGCGCUGCGCCGGGGGCCAAGGAGGGACCGAGGAGGGCUACGACCGUGUGCUCCCGGCCCCUGCGCGCUGGAAGACGAGAAGAGGAGGGCCGAGCGGACCCCGGGGCCAAGGCGAGGCCAAGGCCAGCUCGCUCACACCCCCUUUCAGGCCCGCGCCGUCCGUGCUGCGCGUGUGCAGCGUGGCUAGUCCCUCAGUUUCCCUGGCCAGCAGCAGCCCGCUUGCACCCCGGGCUCGCGCAUCCCAGCCCUGGGCGGCUGGCCAGGCACGCGCACACCGGGGGCGCGAGCGGGCGGGGGGCGAAGGCCCCAUUUUCCCGCUGCACUUGGGAGGGUGGUCCCCUGGCCGGCCGGGCUUGGUAGGGCAAUUCCAGAAAAGGUUUGCAGGGCAGGUCUAGGAGAACAAAGGGCGGGGGGAGGACCCGGCAUAUUUGUGGACUUGUUUGUGACUCAAUCCCUCUUGCACGGCGUUUCAAAGGCAGAACUGCAAGCCUUGCCAGGAAGAGAAAGAACUUGGGGGCGGGGAGGCUCGGGUGCAUUUCUGUCCCGUCGCGCUCGCUCUGCGCUGCCCCCAGCUCCAUGCAGUACUGUUUCAUUAGAGCCCUGGACCCCGGCUCACCAGCAACUUCCCCCCCAGCCGGCAAGAUUUACAACCCCUCCUCCCCCGGCUCUUCGCCUCGCAAUGUCAGGCAGGAGCGCCGCAGCAUAAAAUGGAUCCCGGCCGGCGUGGCGGCGGCAGCCAGGCGGCUGGCUCCCCGGCGGGGCCGCUGUUGGUGAGUCUCCGCGCUGCGCCCCGGCGCACACGCGCUCGCUGACCACGGACGGCAGCCGGGCCACGCCGCGCCCCUCUCUGCCCUCGCGCAACUGUCAGGCAAAACGAGCCGGCGGAUAUUGGCUCCUGGACGCGCCGAGGCUCCUCCCCAUCUGGAUCUUUAUAUUUUGGGAGAAUUUCUUUGAACUCAGUUACCAAGCUCCGCGAAGGAGACAAGUUCCCAUAGCCUGCUCGCCCGCGAAGGCGAGACGGGGGCUCGCCCAUCUCCUGUGCAGCUGCUGUGUGCCCCGAUUGUGCUCUUCUUUUCCGUCGUGGAGGAAAAGGACUCACUAGGCUAAGGAAAAUGCCAGUUAUCUGGAUGUGACCGUGAAAAGACAACGUGUGAGACCGGAGGAGGCAGAAGAGGAGGAAGAGCAUUAUUUGAAGAGAAGAAUAAACCAGGCACUCCAACCCUUCUGCAAAUUAGUGUUGUUACUUCUGGGGUCCCUCUGCUUUUAUCCCUCCCCGCCCCCAAGAAAUCUUGACUCGAGGGCCAAGAGACAGACCCCGACGACUGGGCACCCUUCUGGGUUGGAAGACCUUUUGGAUGUAGCGUUGGUGGAACAUUUAGACCCUCGCUUCUGGAAAAGCCACCAUGAAUUCGGUAGCUGGGAAUAAAGAGAGGCUUGCAGUCUCCACCAGGGGCAAGAAAUACGGGGUGAAUGAAGUCGGCUCGCCCACCAAGCCCGCGGCGCCCUUUUCCCCCGAGAGCUGGUACCGGAAAGCCUACGAGGAGUCGCGCGCCGGGAGCCGGCCCACCCCCGAGGGCGCGGGCUCGGCGCUCGGUUCGUCCGGGACCCCGUCCCCCGGCUCGGGCACCUCGUCCCCGAGCUCCUUCACCGGCUCCCCGGGCCCCGCCUCCCCGGGCAUUGGCACCAGCUCUCCCGGCUCCCUGGGCGGCUCGCCGGGUUUCGGCACCGGCUCCCCGGGCUCGGGCAGCGGCGGCGGCUCCUCCCCCGGCUCGGACCGCGGCGUCUGGUGCGAGAAUUGCAACGCCCGCCUGGUGGAGCUGAAGAGGCAGGCUCUGAAGCUGCUCCUCCCCGGGCCCUUCCCGGGCAAGGACCCUGCUUUCUCAGCUGUGAUUCACGACAAGCUCCAGGUCCCCAACACCAUCCGGAAGGCUUGGAAUGACAGAGACAACCGCUGUGACAUCUGUGCCACGCACCUGAACCAGCUGAAGCAGGAGGCCAUCCAGAUGGUGCUGACCCUGGAGCAGGCGGCUGGCAGCGAGCGCUUCGACGGCUCCCCCGGCUCGCCCCCACCGCUCUCCAGCCUCCCUGCUCUGGUGGGGUCCCGGCACGUGGGGGCGCUCCAGCAGCCCAGGGAUUGGGCCUUUGUGCCCGCCUCCUAUGCCUCCUCCAACUACACAGCCUUCGUCACCAAUAAGCACGGUGGCAAACCCAACAGCCUCGGGGUCAGCAAUGGCGCGGAGAAGAAGGGUGGCUCCCCCACCCACCAGGCCAAGGUCAGCCUCCAAAUGGCCACCAGCCCCAGCAAUGGGAACAUCCUCAACUCGGUGGCCAUCCAGGCCCACCAGUACCUGGACGGCACCUGGUCCCUGUCGAGAACCAACGGGGUCACCCUGUACCCCUACCAGAUCUCCCAGCUGAUGACAGAGCCUGGCCGGGAGGGCCUGACAGAGGCGGUGCUGAAUCGCUACAAUGCGGACAAGCCUUCAGCCUGCGGCGUCCCCACCUCGCAGGGCUCCGGCGUGGCUAGCGAGACCUCCGCGGGCACCUCCGUGGCCGCGUCCUUCUUUGCAAGAGCUGCCCAGAAGUUAAAUCUAUCCUCCAAAAAGAAGAAACACCGACCUUCCACUGCUUCUGUCGCCGAGCCACCGCUCUUCGCCACCAGCUUCAGCGGGAUUCUGCAGAUGUCCCCUCCCCCGGCCCCACCCUGCCUGUUGAGGGCUGUCAACAAGGUGAAGGACACCCCAGGCCUGGGCAAGGUGAAAGUCAUGCUUCGCAUCUGUUCCCCGCUGGCUCGCGAUACUUCAGAAUCCAGCUCUUUCUUAAAGGUGGACCCACGGAAGAAGCAAAUCACCUUGUACGACCCCCUGACAUGUGGGGGGCUUAAUGCCUUCCCAAAGCGAGGGAACCAAGUUCCUCCUAAGAUGUUUGCCUUUGAUGCGGUUUUUCCCCAAGAUGCUUCUCAGGCUGAAGUGUGUGCUGGAACCGUGGCAGAGGUGAUCCAGUCUGUGGUCAACGGGGCAGACGGCUGCGUGUUCUGUUUCGGCCACGCCAAGCUGGGAAAAUCCUACACCAUGAUUGGAAAGGACGAUUCCAUGCAGAACCUCGGCAUUAUCCCCUGUGCCAUCUCCUGGCUCUUCAAGCUGAUAAACGAACGGAAAGAAAAGACUGGAGCCCGUUUCUCCGUGCGGAUCUCAGCCGUGGAGGUGUGGGGCAAGGAAGAGAACCUCCGGGACCUGCUGUCAGAGGUGGCCACGGGCAGCCUGCAGGACGGCCAGUCCCCGGGCGUGUACCUGUGCGAGGACCCCAUCUGUGGCACACAGCUGCAGAACCAGAGCGAGCUGCGGGCACCCACCGCAGAGAAGGCGGCCUUCUUCCUGGACGCUGCCAUCGCCUCCCGGAGGGGCAACCAGCAGGACUGCGACGAGGACGACCUCCGCAACUCCCACAUGCUCUUCACGCUGCACAUCUACCAGUACCGCAUGGAGAAGAGCGGCAAGGGGGGAAUGUCUGGAGGCCGCAGCCGCCUGCACCUCAUUGAUCUGGGCAGCUGUGUGAAAGCUCUUAGCAAAAAUCGGGAAGGAGGCUCAGGACUGUGCCUCUCACUGUCCGCCCUGGGCAAUGUCAUCCUGGCUCUCGUCAACGGCAGCAAACACAUCCCAUACAAAGAAAGCAAGCUCACCAUGCUGCUGCGGGAGUCCCUGGGGAACGUGAACUGCCGCACCACCAUGAUCGCGCACAUCUCGGCCGCCGCCGGGAGCUACGCAGAAACCCUGUCCACCAUCCAGAUCGCCUCCAGAGUCCUGCGGAUGAAGAAGAAGAAAACGAAGUACACCUCCAGCUCCUCCGGGGGAGAGAGCUCGUGUGAGGAAGGCAGAAUGCGCAGGCCCACCCAGCUGAGACCGUUCCACGCCAGGGCCGCCGUGGAGUCCGACUUCGCUAUGCCUCACCUGUCCAGCGACCCCGACUACUCCUCCAGCAGUGAGCAGUCCUGCGACACGGUCAUCUACAUCGGGCCCAACGGCACGGCCCUCUCCGACAAGGAGCUCACCGACAACGAGGGGCCCCCAGACUUUGUCCCAAUCGUGCCGGCCCUGCAGAAAGCCAGGGGCGACAGCCGGUCCGCGGAGGCCGGAGAGGCUGCAGCUGGCAAAUCAGAGAGGGACUGCCUCAAGUGCAACACGUUCGCCGAGCUGCAGGAGAGGCUGGACUGCAUCGACGGCAGCGAGGAGCCCAGCAAGUUCCCUUUCGAAGAGCUGCCGGCCCAGCUGGGGGCUGAGCAGGCAAGCAAGAGUCUCCCGUUAAGCCAGGCAGCCGGGGCCGGCCCCCUCUGCGAGUCCGAUCAGGAAGAUGAUGGGUCAGAUGGGCAGCUGACCCACAGAGAGGGCGCUGAGCCCCCCGCCUCUAGGGUGCAGAGGAAGCCCUCCCCUGUCCCUGCCGCUCAGCUCAGCCACAGCCCUACCCCAGCCUCACCCAGGAGCAUCCCGGGCAGCAGCAGCAGCAGCAGCAGCCAGCACGGCUCCUCCCAGCUCGUGCAGAGCUCCAGCCUCCAGAGCAGCCGAGAGAGCCUGAACUCCUGCGGCUUCGUGGAAGGCAAGCCCCGGCCGAUGGGCUCCCCCAGGCUGGGCAUCGCCAGCCUCUCCAAGACCUCAGAGUAUAAGCCAGCCAGCUCUCCUUCCCAGAGAUGCAAAGUCUACACCCAGAAGGGGGUCCUGCCUUCACCGGCCCCCCUGCCCACCCUGAGCAAGGAUUCGGGCAUGGUGUCUAGUGAGUCCCUGCUGCAGCCCGAGCUACGUACCCCCCCAGUCGGAAUGAGUCCCCAGGUGCUGAAGAAAUCCAUGUCUGCUGGGAGCGAGGGGUUCCCGGAAAUCCCUGUGGAUGAUGACCAGCAGGCGGCCACGUCUCCAGAUUCCAAGGAGAUCCUGAGUACCACGAUGGUGACAGUGCAGCAGCCCCUGGAGCUGAACGGUGAGGACGAGCUGGUGUUCACGCUGGUGGAGGAGCUGACCAUCAGCGGCGUCCUGGACAGCGGCCGCCCCACCAGCAUCAUCAGCUUCAACAGCGACUGCUCUGUGCAGGCCUUGGCCUCGGGCUCCCGGCCCGUCAGCAUCAUCGGCAGCGUCAGCGAGGACCUGGAGUGCUACUCAAACGUGGCACCUGUCUCCGAGGUCAGCAUCACCCAGUUCUUGCCCCUCCCGAAGCUGAGCCUGGAGGAGAAGGCCCGGGAGGCAGGGAGCAGGCGUUCCUCCAUCAGCUCCUGGCUGAGUGAGAUGAGCACGGGCAGUGACGGCGAGCCGCCGUGCCAUGGUUUCAUAGCCCAGACGUGUUUCGGGCACGGGGAGGCAAUGGCAGAUCCUCCGGCCUCGGAAUUCGUCCAGAACACCGCCGUGGUGUGCCAGGAGAAGCCCAAGGCGGGCCCUGACAAUUUGCUCAUCUUGUCUGAAAUGGGGGAGGAUGCUUUCAACAAAGCCCCUCCCAUCAAAGGCUGCAAGAUCUCCACGCUGGGCAAGGCCAUGGUCACCAUCUCCAACACGGCCAGUCUGAGCGGCUGCGAAGGGUACAUCCCCAUGAAGACCAAUAUCACUGUUUAUCCCUGCAUCGCCAUGAGCCCCCGGAACGUCCAAGAGCCGGAGGUGUCUGCUGCCACCGCUGGCACAGUCCCCAAAGCGGCCCAGUCGCAGGAGAACAAGGAAAGUGGUGCCAAGAAAGAGAUGAAAUUUGAGGACCCCUGGCUGAAACGAGAAGAGGAGGUGAAGAAAGAGAAUGCUUAUCCCAGCGAAGAAGGGAUCAGGUGUGAGACAGUCCCGGGCCGCCCAAAGCCUGAGGCCAGAGCAGAACAGGACAGGAAGGCCAGCCCAGGUGACAGGCUGAGCAGCAGCAGUGGGGAGGUAUCUGCCUCCCCCGUGGCUGACAACUUCAGGAGGGUCGUGGAUGGCUGUGAGAUGGCCCUGCCCACUGUGGCUGCCCAGAGCCCUGGGCAUCUCAACAAAAUCCUGAAGUCAAGCAGCCUUCCCAGGGCUUUUCAGAAAGGCAGCCGGCAGGACGAGCUGGACAGCCUCUUCUACCACUGCGCCGCUGAGACCAACGGCAUCGGCUCGGCUUCCGGCACCCAGCCCUCCAAGGCCACCCUGGAAAGGAAGGUGGCAUCACCCAAGCACUGUGUCCUGGCUCGGCCCAAAGGGACACCCCCGCUGCCCCCUGUCCGAAAGUCCAGCUUGGACCAGAAGAACCGGGCCAGCCCCCAGCACAGCGCGGGCAGCAGCAGCUCCAGCAGCCCCUUGAACCAACCAGCGCCCUUCCUGGCCGUCUUGCCCGACGAGCCCAGCAGCGGCAAGAUGAAGGAUGCCAGCAGCAGCAAGCUCUUCAGUGCCAAACUGGAGCAGCUGGCCAGCAGGACCAACUCCCUGGGCAGGACGACCGUCAGCCACUACGAAUGCCUUUCGCUGGAGAGGGCCGAGAGCCUGUCCUCCAUGAGCUCCCGGCUGCACGCAGGCAAGGACAGCACCAUGCCCCGCACCGGGAGGAGCCCGGGCCGCAGCGCCGGGGCCUCGCCCACCAACCCGGGCCCCACGCAGUCGGCCGGGGCCUCGCCCAAGGCCAGCCAGUCCAAGAUCUCCGCCGUGAGCAAGCUGCUCCUGGCCAGCCCCAAGGCUCGCAGCCUGUCCACCACCACCACCAAGACCCUGAGCUUCUCCACCAAGUCCCUGCCGCAGGCGGUGGGCCAGAGCUCCGGCCCGGCCCCCGGCGGGAAGCACAUGUCCUGGUCCACCCAGUCGCUGAGCCGGAGCCGGGGCUCGGGCCUGGCGUCCAAGCUGCCGCUGCGGGCGGUGAACGGGCGCAUCUCGGAGCUGCUGCAGGGCGGCGCGGGCCCGCGGGGGCUGGCCGGGCGCGCGGGGCCCGAGACGGAGGAGCGCGCGGUCCCCGCCGACGAGCGCCCGCCGCCCGCCGCCCCGCUGCCCUCGCCCUACAGUAAGGUCACGCCGCCGCGCCGGCCGCACCGCUGCAGCAGUGGCCACGGCAGCGACAACAGCAGCGUGCUGAGCGGGGAGCUGCCCCCAGCCAUGGGCAAGACGGCGCUCUUCUACCACAGCGGCGGCAGCAGCGGCUACGAGAGCAUGAUGCGCGACAGCGAGGCCACCGGCAGCGCGUCGUCUGCCCAGGACUCCAUGAGCGAGAACAGCAGCUCGGUGGGCGGCCGCUGCCGCAGCCUCAAGGCCCCGAAGAAGCGCACCAACUCAGGUUCCCAGAGACGGAGGCUCAUCCCGGCGCUGUCCCUUGACACCCCCUCCCCCGUGAGAAAACCCGCCAACAGCGCGGGGGUCCGCUGGGUGGACGGCCCCCUGCGCAGCACCCAGAGGGGCCUCGGGGAACCUUUCGAGAUUAAAGUCUACGAAAUCGACGACGUGGAACGGCUGCAGCGGCGACGCGGAGGCAAGGAGAUCAUGUGCUUCAAUGCAAAACUGAAAAUUCUGGAGCAUCGCCAGCAGAGGAUCGCCGAGGUCCGAGCCAAGUACGAGUGGCUGAUGAAGGAGCUGGAGACGACGAAGCAGUAUUUGAUGCUGGAUCCCAACAAGUGGCUCAGUGAAUUUGACUUGGAGCAGGUUCUGGAGCUGGAUUCCCUGGAGUACCUGGAAGCGCUGGAGUGCGUGACGGAGCGCCUGGAGAGCCGCGUCAACUUCUGCAAGGCGCACCUGAUGAUGAUCACCUGCUUUGACGUCACCUCUAGGCGCCGCUGAAGGGAGCCCCGCCCGCCGGCCCCGCUCCCCAUCCUCAGCCGGCCACCCUGGGCGGGCCCUUGUGCCGGCGGCGCUCGGAGACCACGGAAUGAGGACGAAGGUCGGUGGCAAGUCGGGAGCGAGCGUGGAGCGGAAGGCGAGUUUUCUUUUGAUUUCUGUAGGAAAGGUGCAAACACCACACACGCAGGGGAGGAGGAAACGAUGGGAAGCCCCAGGGACCAGAGAGUCCCGCGAGACUGAAAACGCACUUUGAGGAACUUUAAAGAACUUGUUUGUACAUAAGAACUGCUGGCAAAAGGGACCUCACUUUUCUCCUGGUUCGUGAGAAAGGGCGAGGGGGGACGCGGGAUCGCCGUGGAAAAAGCUCAAACAAAACAACGUUACCCCAAUGACUGAUUAAGUGCCUUGCAAAUCUUUAUGAUUAUCCAAACAUUUAUGUUCCUACUUUCUUGUGUACAGAUGGUGCUAGUCGAGAUGAAAACAACAACAGAACAACAACAAAACACAUUUUUGCAAUGUAUUUACAGCUCGUUUUCUCUUGGUGUUUUAUCCUAUUUCUGACUUGCUGUUUCUAAGGAAGUUGUGUUUGUAGAGCUAUUUCCUAAUCAGUAUUGCAUAUGAAUAAAUGUUAACUGUCUGUCAUGGUUCUGCUGGGAAGGCCACUCAGAUUGAAGCUAGAGACUUCCCGGAACAAGCCAGGAUGUUUCCAAAGAAGGUUGGAACAGGAGGUGACCGCUCAUCCCACCUCCUGGGAGAGGCAGGGUCAGCAGGCAGACCUGGAGGUCAGUUACAGCACAGGUGUAUGUGAGCCUGAGAGAAAAGAGAGAAGAGGGUGCGUCUCUAGGGGGAAAGGAGCCUCUAUGACCUGGGCCCAACUUACCCUUUGGAUGGGAUAUUUUUUUUUUCCCCAAUAGCUUUUCCUCCAAAUCCUGACGCCCACGGCCUGGUUCCUUUACACACAAAUCCAGGGUUUUCAUGACCCUCACAACAUUUUUCAUGUUCAUUUUUAUUCCAAAGGCUCUGGAUGGAAAGCUUGGACUAGUUCAACCGAACUAUAGUUUGGCAACAGUUCUCUAGUUUGGCAAAUUUAUUGGGGCAGAGGAUUUUUCCCAAUUUCGAUAGCUUCUUGGGCCUGCAGGUGCUCAGAGACCCCAACGGUAUUUGUCGAGGACAAGGAAGGAUGUGGGGUUGCAUAACUCUGCCGUUGUCUAGAGUGCUGCUUAAAUGCAGGAAGUUCCAGGCCUCUUGUAAACCAAAGCCUCCAUCCCAAGAAAGGACCAGGCUUGACCCCUCAACUUUGGUACCUGAAGGCUGAGAACGGUUUCCUGUCAUAUAUCACACACCCACCUGCCAGGGCACAGAGUGUCAUGCAUGUGGAUGUACCAAGCUUGACUCCAAGAAUGUUGGACCUCAUUCUCAAAUUGAGAUGUUCAUCCCCCCCGCCCCCUCCCCCACUGCAGUUCCCUUAGGGAUUAUUAUGCCUGUGUUAGUGAUGGAAACCCAAGGCAGAGUGGUCAGGGGAGUGUCGCAUAGCAGUUCUGGAAUUUCACAGUGUCCUCCUACCUUCCAGGUCAGGGACCCCACAGCCUGCCCAUUGAUGGAGGUGCCCAGGGUUUUCUAGCAUACUGUUCUUUUUUGCCCUCCAAUGCAGCAUAUCUUCAUGAGCCUGUUUUCAGGCAAGGGAGGCAGUCCCAGCUAACCAACUCCUUGUCCCCAGCCUGUCCCCCAGGAAAAAGAACUUUUGCAUUUCUUUGUCAGUGCUCCUCGGGACUCAUGUAGCCCAGCAUAACUGGCGAGCAGUCAGCAAAGCCCAGCUGAACUCAGUGGGAACUGAAUUCUUGUGCUCUUCAUAGCACCAGUCCUUUACUGGCCAGGUCAGGACACGGACGGCUCUAUUAGCUUUGUUUGGAAAGUUAGCCCCCUAGACUGGAAGCCAGUUCUGUGGAUGACAAGUCUGGCUUUGAGUUUUGUUAGCACUUGCCCCUAUGCAGAGGUGCAUCCAGAAGCUAUGCUCCCAUCUGAUGACUGAAACAGGCUAAAAUAUGGUGAAAAGUUACUCCAGGAUGGAUCAUUUCCCCCUUCAGUUUAACAAGUGUGUCUGGCCCCUUGGGCAGCAGGGUUCCCCCAUCAUACCUCCAUUCUGUAGGGCAGCCUCAUUGACUCUGAGCAUACCUCUGGUCUCAGCACUUGUGUGAAUGGACUUGUUCAACAGCAGCAUAGUGGAAGCUUCUGGACCCCAGAGAAGGCCAUUCUGUUGAGUUGGUUUGGGUUUUCCCUUUGGCAUCCCUUUGGUUGCUGGUUGGAAAUACACUACUUCAUGAAAAGCCUUAUCAUUGGGGGAUUGUCAAAGGUGAGUAUCCUGGGCUUUGUUGGAAACAAAUGUACUUGAUUAGUGUUUAGCAGCCUUUGCUUUCGCCCUGGCCAUAUCUUCCCCCACAGGCUACCUUGCCAUGUAAACAUCUACAGAAAUGUAAAACCUUGAUCAGUAGAAUCUUUCCGAGGGACUGCCCUUCAGCUGGCCUCCUGCCUAAACCUGCUAUAUAUGUUCAUAGCAACUUUAUGAGAUACCAAAAGGGUUGAGUGAAACCAAGUGCUAUCUUAGCGAGUCAGAUUGCCCUCCCAAGACGCCAUGCCAUGGAGCUUCUUGAAGGAUGCUGUUGGCGUAGUGUAGAACAAUUUUGCAUGGCGGUUGUCCAUUCUGGCUUUUUCCUUUCUUUCCUUUUUUUUUUUUUUCUCUUUUGUUUCCUAACCUAAGUAAGCUGCAAACAUCUUAACACACCAAGUAUUGCUAAACCAUGUGACGAUAUCAUGAAUUCUUAUGCUAUGAUGCGCUCGUUUUUCCCUGUAAGUCGACUCUUCAGCUGGUCAUCUGUUCUGAAGCAGUUCUAACAAGUGAAGAACACCUCAUUCAGUGACCAGAUGUGAGGUAGGUUCAGGUCUAGUUUUGGUGACAGAUAACCUAGGAAGGCAAAGGGGGGAUGUCAGAGAACCCAUUAUUCCAUUUCAUUCUCCACGCAUGAAAAAACCAGAACAGUAUUUCUUUGAAAUUAACAUGGAGACAUGGGAGCCUUAAUUCUUUGUCUGAAAUCUGCCCCCCUCUCCACGUAGUUCAGCAUGAGGUGGAAGCACUAGCUGCAGAAUAAAACUCAGAGCCCCAAAGGGGAAAUGGCAAUAUUAUUUCCUGCGUGUAAAUCUGUAUUGCAUUUCAUGAUGGUGUUUCAUGUUGUGACAGAGUGAGACUCUGCUUUAUCCUGGGCUUUCAAGCCCCACCAGAAAACUGCAACCUUUGAUCUUCUUGUCCUUGAAUUCCCUUCCCCAUCAUGGGGACACUGUCCCUAAUGUUCAUCUCUGCCUGAUUUGAAAUCGGAGCAUCCUGUGUAUCGCUUUGUCUCUAGUUGCUGUUCUGAACGUGGGGCCCUUGAGAUGCAAAUGCAGGUGUUGGUCCUGGGUUGACACAGGUGGGGCUUAUCCAGGGGACCUCAAGAUGAGGAAGAGAGAGAAGCUGGUGUACAGUGCCACGCUGCCUCGAGUGGGGAACUUGGCAGGCAGGAAUCCAGCUGUUUGUCAUAAAUUAGUCUUAAGCUUGAAAUCUGUGUUCCUGGAAGGUGGUGGUAACUUCAUUGUAGCCACAAAAACCAUCCAGGGCAGUGGUUCAAAAAGUCUGACACACGCAUACACAUCUUGUGCUGGUUCUCAGAUUUCUGUUGAUGUUGAGCAAGAGCCCUUUUCCGGCUUCAGCUUCUGAGGCUGAUUAUGAAUUUUGGUUAAUCCAUCAGCCUUUAUCACUUAGUGCAUUCCUGUCUGAAAGUGGCUGUCUGAAUUGGGUUUCUUGGGAAAGAGGCCAGGCUUGCAAGAGCCCAGGCAUUUCUUAACCUGGUUCUACACGUGGUUGCUGGUGUCAUCAGCCUCUGCUGCUCUGGGGUCCAGGCUUCCACAGUGAAUAAUGAUGUAAAUAUUUUGAAGUUCCCUGUUCCAAAAAGGGUUUAGGUUGGAACAGAAAUGACUAAAGAUGAGUUCAGUUCAAAAUGGAAACCAGAAGAAUUCAUGAAUUUACUCACUGUUCUUUCCUGCAGGAAUAUUAGCCCCAUGCUCUGAGCACAUGUUAAAAGAUAUUUUCAUUUUUAAAGGUGAUGUGUAUUAACCUCCAAAACCAUGCCCGUAGAAACACGUUGAAAGCCCUGUUCUCCAUGAAUUGAUGCUGGAUAAGCCAUCCAUUGGUGCUGGCCCCAGGGCCUGCUUGCCACUGCCUGGGCACUGCAGUCCAUCCUACCCCCAGGGGACUCUCUUCAGUACUGCCACACUGAGACUGCCCCAGGAGGGCCCCUGCUGCCCACUGUUCAGCAAAACAAAAUGACACUCAGUUUCACUGACUCUGCCAGCAGAUGGUCUAAUUUUUUUGGGGAGGGCCAUGGGGGACAGUGGGGGGUGGACAGGGAGUGGAAUGUAGCAUUCCUUUGGAUUGUAAUCUCUCUCCUUCUCCAACAAAAGAUCUGUCAACGUUUGUGGGUAAAAACUCACAAAUUGUGUCACUUAGCCACCUUCCUGACAAAAUACCUAUCUAUUACUGCUCAUCAGUUCCAAAUAAAAGCAUAAUUCUAAUCCAGGAGAAGCUCAUCUUCUCGGGGGGAAAAAAAAGUGUUUCGUUUUGUUUUGUUUUUUGCCAAAUCUUAGAAGCUGCUGAUCCAUCCCUAAACAAACCCGCUCUGCUUUUGGGUGGCCCUGCUCAGAACCGGAGGCAAUGUCAUAAUAUCGGACAUACAGUGGUGCUUGAGGCUGUACCCAGCCUUCAGCCUUGAUAUCUAAUCAAUAGUCUCUAAAUGCAGUUCCUAGCAUCCCUAUGUGUAGGGUGAGCGCUGAAAUCCUGGCACUCACACAUCUAUCUUAUGUACAUGGAGAAAUUACCUUCCACAACUAAAGAGACUCACUCUUUCCCUCCUCCCCCCUGCUAACCCACGUCCCACCCGGUCACCUGGUCAUAUUCAAUUGAUGAAAAAGUUCUAGCUUCUUUGUAAACUCAGGCUGUUGCUUUGUAGUGUCGCUCGUGUUUUAGGUUUAUUUGUACGUCCUGGUUGGACCUGCUGUCCGAGUGCUAUGCAUGGAAGUGUCAGCUUGGUGGCUCGGUCAGUGGCUGCUUUUUCAUCCUCAGUCUAGCAAGCUCUGCGAAUGGAGACGCAGACAGAGGGGAGGAAAGAGAAAUCAACCAGGAGAGCAGGGAUUAGGGUCCCAUCCUCAAAGUAUAGGGCUUUGUUCCAAAUUGAAUGGCUUCCUAUAGUAAGGAGCUACAGGGGAAACAGCCCUUUCCUUUUGAAUUUGAUGACACUGGCCUUGGCCAUCAGCCGUCUCAAGCCUCAGUGAAAGAGGAUCCAGCCUCUUCCUGUCGGUCCAACACGAAAGUCUGGACAAGUGCAGACAGUAUUAGGUUCCCACAUUUCCCUAAGACACCCCACUCCACCCCCCAAAGUUACUGAAAGGGGUUGGGGAAAGGAAGCUGGAGUCCCUUACCUUGACUAGAUAUAGAGUAGGUGUUUUUUUCUGGAGAAACCAAAGCACUUUAGUGAGUCUUACAACCCGUAAUGCUUAAGGCAUCUUGUCCCUUCGCUGGAUCCCUGAGAGGCUGGGAGGGGCUGGGAUCAGUAGUCUCAUUCAAGAGGCAGCUAAAUCUAGGAGGAAAAGCCUUGAGCUCGGAGGGAGUGAACCAGGCCCGGGCCUGGUUUCUUGGCUCGCUCGCUAUGCAACCUUGGGCAAGUUUGCUUCACUUUUCUGGGCCUCGGGCUCCCCAUAGAAGGCCGGGGGUCUUGCCAGCUGCCCUUCUGGGAGGAUGUAAAGAGAAAAUGGUAUAGACGAUAGGAAGUGCUUUGAAGAAAUGAAAGCUCUGUACAGAAGCCGAGGGCUGGUCAUUGUAGAUGAAGAAAUUGACGUCAAUAGCCAGCGAUGGGCCCAAGUUCACAGGGAGUUGUCGUAGAGCCCAACCGGGACUCGAGUCCAGCAUCUUGGACUCUUCCCAUGAGAGGCUGUCGCACCAAACGUGUGGCUGCGUGGACACACACCACACCUAUGGACUGACGUGUGUGCACGGGGCGGGUACAGGUGCAUGUGUACAGAAGGUGUGUGACAUGGUGCAAGAGCACAUGGGACAGAAAACUUGAGCGCUAACUCCUGCUAGUCCUCUGGCUUUGGAUCUAUGGCCCAGCUUCUCUGGAACACAGUUUUCGAGUCUGUAAGGGGAGGACAGUGCGCAAAAUGAUGUUCCGCUCUCGUCACGUGUGUAUGUAUGUAUAUAUGAAUAUGCUAAUCUGUAGAAAUGGGCCAGUUUGAAAAGGGGAGCCAAGGGCCUGCCCCAGUGCAUUUAUUGGGUCGGAAACAGCAAAUUCACCAACAAGGGCAUAUACCCUUAUUUGAGGUUCAAGGGUGGUCUUCCACGUCAUUGUUUUAAAUUCACUGUUUGGAUAAACGAUUGGUGCCGUUUUAAAAAGUAUGUUCCUAGCUUACAGGUGUUCGCCGUUAUGCUUUUUGAAGAAAAUUCAUUUGUUCAUGUCAGAAAUUUGACUCUCCCGUGCCUGGGGAGGUCCCAAGCAGCCUAUUUGCAAACAGGCUGGGUUUGUGUACGGGCCUUCCCAUAGCGAUCUAAAAGUUAGCUUUUGGCUUGGUCAUGAUACGUGUGAACUGGCUACCUGGAGAACAGUCUGGAAAAGAAAAUUAAGCAUUUUCAACCCCCCCCCCAAAAAAAACAAAAAAAAAACCCCCACAACUGGUGACAUGAAUUCAUUAAGCUGUGUGCCAUUUCCAGUGUAAAGACAUUGUUUGCUGGCUACGAUCUCUGACUUGUUGUGGCAUAUGAGGUGUAAAAUGUUGUCAAAAGAAGAAUCUGGUGUUUAAAAAGAAUCAAACUAUGAUGGCAUUAAAUGUUCACUCUUCUCCUAC